AUGCCAUCAUCGAAAAAGGGCGCGUUCGGGUUGACACCAUGGGGCAGGGAGCUGUUAAACGCAAUGGCAUCUCUCGGGGGCAGGUUGGAGAGAGGUGCGGCACUCGCCCGUAGCGGGAAAGUGUUUAAGACGGAAAUCAAAGGCAACUCGGUAACAUCAAAGGUAAAAGGAGUUUCAAGUCCUUUUUACACAGUCAGCUGUACAUGGCCUCGUUUCCAGGGCGAGCAGAAGAACGUGAUAGUGAAGCUCAUUCAGCAAAACCCACAAUUUUUAGGCGAAAUUCUUCGGGGAAAUCUACCCGUUGAUUUGAUAAAGGCAAUACAACAUCUGGCGGCACAGUCUGGGGGCGUGGCACUACUGCCCACUUCGUACCAUGAGUUGAACGGACAGUGUAAUUGCCCAGAUAACAUGGGGGGUGGAGGAGGAGGGUAUUACGGCAGGAGCGCCAAACGCUCAGGAGACCCUUGUAAGCAUCAGGCAGGCCUUUUCUAUAUGAUAAUCAAAGAGGUGGAUAACAACCCGUUCACUCUCUUCACACUGCACGGUCUCGAUAUCAUUGUGAGUUUGGGUAUGCAGUCGGUGGGCCAGGCCACAACAACCCUCGCCUAUCCCUUCGCUAUCACACAAUACGCACAUGAUUCCGAUGCGCACACAGAGCCGCAGAGCACCACAGACACAGUGGCGCUACCCAAACUCUGCGCAGCGACGACUUUUAUCAGUCGGCUGCUUUCGCCGAAUCCUGUCUUUGAUUCCACCUGUGACUUUCGCGACGUUCUGUUGAGAGUAUACACACUUGCAACGGCCAAGGGUAAAGGGUCAAAGAAACUACUGGCGGAGCCAGUAUGGAUGGCUGGUUUAGAGCAGGAGGAUGUUGAUAGAUUGCACGCCAUUCUCUCGCAUUCGCAUAUCAAAGUGCACGUGUGUGCUGGUUUGGAACCAUCAAAAACAUUCGUUUCAAUCGACAAUGAACUAUUUAAAACCGAUGACAAAGACGCAAGCAGUGGGGACUACAUGAAUAUGCUGCAUCCGGCGAAUCUGAUGCGUUCGCAGUCUAUAUCUAUGGGUAUGCCGGUAGUUGCUCUGGACACACUCUUAGCAUUACUCCUUCGAUUUCAGGCAGGUCACGUAGGAUCGCCUUCGUAUCGCUACUUCUGGCAGUGUGCGCGGCUUGCAUUCAUCUGUGUUUCCAGUGGCUGCUUCCUACCCAUUGUCAUCCCCACAGACACCACUGGUAGCGGUAGAUGCUGGAGCGUGCGGUAUCGUCCGCUGCGGUGUAAUACAGCGGUCGCCGAGACUGCAGCUCAGUUGAGGCAACUGUACCCAGUGCCUACACCUGCUAGGGGAUCUCUUAAGACGCAAGGGGUAAUGUUCAAUACCAAUUAUGAAAUGGUCGAUGGCAAGUACAUUCUUCUUGCGCCCGAGGCGGGCACGGAGAUAGCGCUCACAAUGUUCAUCUCGUCCUUGGUAUAUCGCUUGGCUCUACCGGCAAUACAGCCGUUGCACGCUACAUUCUACAAACCACAACAGUAUAUGGCACUUACCCUCGGCGACCAGAGCCUGGGUCGGAGCGUCGGUAUGUAUUAG